AUGACUCCCACGACCAGGUCCACGGUAGCGGGACCUGUUCAAUCAGACACCGUUCGAUCGGGACGCAUCACUAGGGCCAGGAAGACACCGAACAAGAAAGGUCCAAUCGAGCCACUUGCUAAAGCCCUUCGCUUGCGGAUCAAGAAACCGAGCCUGGAAUUAGGGCCAGUCUCUGGGAACCCGCCAGCUUGGUCAGAGAAGCGUCCAGAUCUCUGUGAUGCCAUCCCGUGGUUUCGCGCCACCCAAGGAGGCCUCUACCACCUCAAUGGUUUUUGCUGGGGCUUUCUCGUGGAUUCUGACAGUGGUGAACGCGCAUAUAUUGACGAGGAGAUUAUCAUCACUCGAGUUGGCGGAGGUUGCACGAAGGACAAGGACGGGAAUUUGACUCUUAUCAGAGACCAGGACUUCACCAAUGUCACUGUCAAAAGUCUCCUUAAUAACCAGCAGUUCAGAAAUCCUGUCGGUGUUGUGAUCGGCAGCAGGAACAAGGAGCUUAAGCGCAAGCUCCCACAUCGGUACAAUGUCAUGGCCUAUUUCAAGGUCACCGAUGUCUGGUAUGAAAGGGUGGGCGAGAAGACUGGGGUCAAAGUCCGGUUUGAGAAGCUUGAUCUCUCGGAAAAGAGCUGGUGGGCAGCUCGGGGCUCUCCUAACCCGAAGCCCCUUGGAGAACGGGACUUUGACACAAAGCCAGAGUCGGUUCAGUGCCCAUCGUGCCACCUCAAGAGUCCACGCAUCUACAAUGAAGGAUGGAUGUGUCUUAAACCAACCUGCACCGACUUCUGGUGUAUCAACCAAAAUCGUCCAGAUGCUCUUACUUUCCACCCAGACUUUUUGAACACUCGGUCUCGUUCAGAAAGAACCAUGCAGCCCCACCAUAGUCUUGUCCCUAAUCUUCUAGGAACCAUCAGCGAGGACGAUCCCGAAGUGAGCUCGAUGCGUAUCGCAUGGAAGGCUAUUGUUUGCCCUCUGUGCUCAAAAUGCAUCCCUCGAAUGUUCUGGCGAGGCUGGAAAUGCACAGACGAUACCAUCGCCAGUCCCCAGCACCAUUGCUCCUUCCAGAAGCUUUUCACUAUGCCCCCUGUGUCUAUUCGCUCGGUGGUAGAUGAUUUCGACCUAGGCCCAAUCCAACGGGCUCUCUAUUUCAACCCAAAAAGGGCGAUCCCAGAAAUUGAUGAUGAGUCCUUGUUCCCGUAUCGGAAGCUCACUUACCGUAUUCGGGGUGUUGGUUCCAUCACUCAUUUCGUGGCCAACCGAGCGAUCAAUUCUCAGUACGGCGGCCCAAACGACAUGUUCACGGCUCUCCAGUGUGGAGAUCUUGGGCUGAGACGGUACCGUCUUCAGCAGAGCGUUGUUGCCGGAACCCUGACCGCUCAUUUUGCGGUCAAUUUUGGCAUGCCGUACAAGUACGUCGUGUCGGUGGCCUCCAAAGGGUUUGACGAAGCCCCCGAGCCCGUCCUCCGAGCCCUGGGCCGUUUGACAUGGGCCACGGAGCAGGCUGUCAGUAGCGCCGGGGAUCAUUUCCUUCCCCCGAAUGAACUGUUGGUGCUGGGUUACUUCGAGGACAUGAAGAUCGGAUUCCACGACGACGGCGAGUCUUCUCUCGGCCCUACGAUUGCUACUCUCUCGCUCGGUGCACCAUCUACCAUGUCCAUCCGUAUGAAGUACAAAUACUACCACGGGCUUACAAGAGCCAAGCAUCUUGUGGACAAUGAUCCCACUCUGGAGGGUUGCAAACAUGAAGAGGGUCGACUGGAUCUCAAAAAGCAACUGGAUGCUGGGAAGAUCUCACAGUCUCAUUACAAGGAGCGCCUCUAUGACCUGCUGAAGGUUGGCACGACCGCGGGUGGAGAAGCACCUCCAAGGAUGAGACUCGAGCUCCACCAUGGCGACCUGGUGGUAAUGCACGGGGAAAAUCUGCAGAGCUACUUCGAGCAUGCUGUUGUCCCAGAGAAUAAGAUGCGCUUCGCGCUGACGGCGAGAUACAUCAAACCUGACCACGUUAACGAAAAUGAGCUUUACAAAGGCCAAUUCACCCUCAGCCCUGACCAGAUCUACAAUGGGCAGUGA